UAUUUGUGUCUGUCUGCGGCUUGACUGGAAGGGAGCUACAGUCCAGCCUGUUGCGCACUUGGCGGCACACACAGACAGAGCGCACAUCAGCCGCGUAGAUGGACGGAGCCACUAAAGGACUUCUCUUACUAACUUUUAGAGGCAAUGUUAUGAUUGGAUACCGGGGUUUCUUCUAAUUUAACGAGGACUCAUUACAGCGUGCCACCUCUGACCGGAUAUAGCCUUUACGCAUCCCGGGAGCCGGGGAAAAGGAUUCUCCAGAUUGUCACAGCAGGGAGCAACAGAAGUCCAAGAGCCAUAAAAACCAGCAUCUGUCUCUGCUGGCAUUUUCCAGAGAUGCCUAACAAUGCCAUAAAGACCUGAAGCCUAACGACCCAUGUGUAUCCCACCAAACAAACACACUGACGAGUUUCAGACACCCGUGUUGUGUGUGUGUGUGUGUGUGCUGAGAUUAAAGCACUGUGGACUGAGGAUUUAAGCUCAAGAGUAUGGUCCAACUGUCCACCUCAGUCUACUUGAUGGGAGGCCUUUUGGGCCUGUUUCUACUAUCACCUGUUCAGGUGAACCCGACACCAGCCAGCAUGUGCACACCUUUGAAGACGCUCAACAACAGCCUCAGCCACAGGCGACGGUACAUGAAGCACAACUUCCCCAUCGACUACACCAUCAGGGUUCAUCAGAAGGAAGUCUUUAAACUGUCAAACAUCAACAGAAUGAGGUUACAGGUGGAGGGGUUGGAUGAGCUGGUUCUCCAGAGGUUGUGGUUCCAGGUCAACCAAGGCGUGUUAAAAAAGAUCAUCCGGGUUAUGCCAGAGAGACAUCCUUCACGUCCAUACACCACUGAGUUGGAAAGACGCUUCAGGGAUGCAGAGGGCGUCUUUGUACAGUCACAUCCUGCUGAGCUGUUCCAGCAGGAGCUUCCAGAGACUAUCCAGGAAACUUGGGAUCAUUUAACAGAAGAGUCUGACAGAGUGCCAGAGUCCAGCUGGCGAUUAGCUUCCCCGAAAUCCCUCCUGGACAAUUUCUGCCACACCAUGCACUGCCUCUUCAGCGAGUGCUUUGCCAGCACAGAAGCCCAGCAGGACUACUGUGGUGUUUCCCAUUGGAGGAAACGCAGGAAAGACUCCGAUCCCAAAAGCUGAGAAGAGGACUGCGGGGUGUAGUUGUCCCUCUUGGUACUGAUUAGUGAUUGGUAUCAUUAUUUCCCUUGAGCGAGAGGGAUAAAAGAACAAUCCACAUGAUAACAAGAAAGUUCCGUCCUGUAUAUGAACAUCAACAAGUCUUUCCCAAAUCUACCAAACAGACCUAAGAGUGUAUUGAUGAUAUGACGAAGACACAAACAAUGGCUUCAUCAGCCAAAGCAGACUGAUAAUUGUAGAUACAGCAGCAGUGUACGUGGCGAUUUCAUGAGCAUAUGGACUUUCUGCUAAGAUGAAAUCAAGUUCAUUUGAGAUA